AUGGGAGCUACUUAUACUUGGAAUAACAAUCAAGUUCAGAACAUAAGGAGUAGAAUUGAUAGAUUUCUUGUUUCUCCAGAAUUGGAGACUGUCUAUCCUACUGUUACUCAGAUAGCUUUGUCUAGACCUUGCUCGGAUCACUACCCACUUGCUGUUCUUUGUGAAAGUGUUGUUGGUGGUUUCAUUCUUUGUAAGAAGUUACAUGCUCUUAAGGAAAAGCUAAAAAUUUGGAGUAAGGAAGAAUUUGGUCAGAUGGACAGGCAAUUAGAAGAUUUGGAGGAGCUCUUCACUCAACUGGAUGCAGAAGAAGAUGCAAACAAUGGCUUAACAGAAGCUCAAUGGAAUCAAAGAUUGAAGGCAAGACAAGACUAUUAUAACUUAGUCAUUCUUGAAGCUGAAAAAUGGAGAAGUAGGGCAAAGGUUGAGACUAUGAAAGGUAUGGAUAAAAAUACAAAAUUUUUCCAUAAAAUUGCUUCAGAUAAGAGGAGGAGAAAUCAUAUAGCAAAGAUUAAAGUGAAUGGUCAGAUGACAAUGGAUCAAGCUGAAAUCAAAGGUGGAAUUGUUGAUUACUUCAAGAAUAUUUUUCAAGACCAAUCCUAUUCAAGACCUGAAAUGGAUGAUUUAUUUUUUUAA